AUGCAAGAGUGCAACGGAUGGCACCGUAUCGGAAGAUUACUUAUUCAAGUGGGAAGCUUGGAGAAGGCAGAAGAGCUGUACACUACCUUAAUCUCGCAGACGGCGAAUGACGGAGAACUCGCAACCUACAAUCAUCAGUUAGGUCUUGUUAAAGAUAGCCAAGGUGAAUACAUAGAAGCACUGAUUUUCUACCAAAAAUCACUGGACAUGAAGAAGAAAAUUCUUCCAGCUAAUCAUCCUGAUGUGGCCACUUCCUACAACGACAUCGGCAAUGCGUAUGACCGCAUGGGAGAUUAUUCGAAAGCGCUGUCCUCAUACGAAAUAGCACUGGACAUGCGGGAGAAAACUCUUCCGGCUAAUCAUCCUGAUCUGGCCACUUCUUACAAAAAUAUCGCCUUCGUGUGUGACCAGAUGGGAGAGUACUCGAAAGCGCUGUCCUCAUACGAAACAGCACUGGACAUGGAGAAGAAAAGUCUUCCAGCUAAUCAUCCUGAUCUGGCCCUUUCCUACAACAACAUCAGCCAUGUGUAUUACCACAUGGGAGAGUACUCGAAAGCGCUGUCCUCAUACGAAACAGGAUUGAACAUACGGAAGAAAUCUCGUCCAGCUAAUCAUCCUGAUUUGGCCUGUUCCUAUGGUAACAUCGGCAUUGUGUGUGACCAGAUGGGAGAGUAUUCGAAAGCGCUGUCCUCAUUGGAAACAGCACUGGGCAUAUAUAAAAAAACUCUUCCAGCUAAUCAUCCUGAUGUGGCCACUUGCUACGGUUAUAUCGGCUUGGUGUAUGAUCAUAUGGGAGAGUACUCGAAAGCGCUGUGCUCUCACGAAACAGCACUGGAUAUGUACAAGAAAACUCUUCCAGCUAAUCAUCCCGAUGUGGCCACUUGCUACGGUUAUAUCGGCAAUGUGUAUGACCACAUGGGAGAGUACUCGAAAGCGCUGUCCUCUUACGAAACAGCACUGGACAUGCGAAAGAAAACCCUUCCAGCAAAUCAUCCUGAUCUGGCCACUUCCUAUAACGACAUCGGAAAUUUGUAUCUCCACACGGGAGAGUGCUCUAAAGCGCUGUCUUCAUACGAAACAGCACUGGGCAUAUGGAAGCAAACUCUUCCAGCUAAUCAUCCUCAUAUGUGCAUGGUUCGUGAGUCGAUUGAUGCGGUGAAGAAAAAACUAUCAACCAAAUAA